GCUUCAUUCAUGUUUGUCUGUCAUUUCACCUCUCUUUCUUUCUCCUAACUCGUAACUGCACUGUCAUUUUCUUUACCAUGCACAAAAAAUAAGAAAAGAAAGAUGAACAACAACAACAAUCUUUUAUAAAUAAAUUCAAUCAAUCUAAACUUUGUUUUUCUCAUUCAACUAUAAAUAAAGUUUCCGACUUUGUUGGAUUAAUAUUAAGAUUGAGAUUUGAGUGAUGGGUAAGGUCGCGGUGGGAGCUGCGGUUGUUUGUGCUGCCGCCGUUUGUGCCGCGGCGGCACUUGUGGUGCGCCACCGUAUGAUAAGUUCGAGAAAGUGGACACGUAGCGUGUCUAUUUUGAAGGAGUUUGGGGAAAAGUGUGAGACACCAAUUGGAAAGCUUAGACAGUUGGCUGAUGCUAUGGAUGUUGAGAUGCAUGCUGGUCUUGCAUCUGAAGGUGGCAGCAAGCUUAGCAUGUUAAUCAGCUAUGUUGAUAAUCUUCCUACUGGGGAUGAGGAAGGACUCUAUUAUGCUCUAGAUCUUGGUGGAACAAACUUCCGUGUCCUUCGUGUACAUUUAGGUGGAAAAGAGAAAGGUGUCAUUAGCCAAGAGUUUGAUGAAGUUUCAAUUCCUCCUCAAUUGAUGACCGGUUCUUCAGAGGGAUUAUUUGAUUUUAUAGCAGCAGCUCUCGCAAAAUUUGUUGAGUCAGAACCUGAAGGUUUUCAUCCUCCACCUGGCAGACAAAGAGAGCUCGGUUUUACAUUCUCGUUCCCUGUGAAGCAAACCUCAAUUGCAUCUGGGACUCUAAUAAAGUGGACUAAGGGUUUCAGUAUUGAUGAUACCGUUGGCGAAGAUGUGGUGGGAGAACUAACCAAGUCCUUGGAAAAAAUUGGCCUGGAUAUGCGUGUUGCAGCUCUAGUUAAUGAUACAAUUGGAACAUUGGCUGGAGGCAGAUUCUACAAUCAGGAUGUCAUUGCUGCUGUGAUUCUCGGUACUGGGACAAAUGCAGCAUAUGUAGAACAUGCACAUGCUAUUCCAAAAUGGCAUGGCCUUAUGCCAAAAUCAGGAGAUAUGGUUAUAAACAUGGAAUGGGGUAAUUUCCGAUCAUCACAUCUUCCUUUAACAGAAUAUGAUCAAGAUCUUGAUGCUGAAAGCUUAAACCCUGGAGAACAGAUUUUUGAGAAAUUGCUUUCUGGCAUGUACUUGGGGGAAAUUGUACGGAGAGCUUUGUUGAAGAUGGCCGAAGAGGCUGAAUUUUUCGGAGAUACUGUUCCCCCUAAGUUGAAAAUUCCUUUUAUACUUAGGACACCUGACAUGUCUUCCAUGCACCACGACACAACACCAGAUUUGAAAGAGGUUGGAAGCAAAUUGAGGGAUAUAUUGGAGAUCUCUAAUACAUCACUAAAAAUGAGGAAGAUUGUUGUGGAACUCUGUGACAUUGUAGCCAGUCGCGGUGCACGCCUUGCUGCUGCUGGUAUUUUGGGAAUCCUUAAGAAACUAGGAAGAGACACAGUUAAGGGUGGAGAGAAGCAAAAGUCAGUGAUAGCAUUGGAUGGAGGGUUGUUUGAACACUACACUAAAUUCAGAGUUUGCUUGGAGGAUACGCUGAAGGAAUUGCUUGGAGAUGAGGCAGCUGAAACCGUUGUCGUUGAGCAUGCUAAUGAUGGUUCAGGCAUUGGAGCAGCGCUUCUAGCCGCUUCUCACUCUCAGUAUUUGGGAGUAGAAGAGUCCUAAUGUUAUUGCCAAGGUAAUUAAAGGCAUGUAAUACCAGUUUGAUAUUUUUUGUUUUGCGUAAGUAAUAGAUCAACACAUGAAGAAGCUACUAUGCCUUAGUUAUUGGUCCUAUAGACUUUUAACUAACGGGCUGACCAUGUCCGCUGUGGGGGGUGCUCCUUGGCCGGUAACAGGGGCACCCAUUAUUUUGAUUGCAGGGUUUGCUUCUUCUAUUUUCUGGAAUAAUAAUAUGAAUGUUAUAAACUUAACUUUGAGUGUAUCCUGUUUUGCGGAAUGUAGCCUGUUUUCAACUAUAAAUAAAUGAGGACUAUACAUUGACAAACCCAUUUUUGAUUCACAGCAUUUCAGAAAUAUCUAAUAAAGACUGAAGAGUUUCUGCUA